AUGCCCUUCAUGUGGCAUCAAGGACACGCGUGUCAGGACAGCUCCGGCGACUUCUGCGUCACGUUCCAGCUGACCGUGCCCAUCGCCGUGGUCUUCGCCAAGGGCUCCCUGCCCGCGGCCCAGCAGAGGCGGCUGCCCUUCGCUGAUACGCGGGAGGAGGAGACCCCGCUGAACCUGAGGACCAGCGUCACCACCCGCUAUGAGACCGCUUACCGGAGCGCCACGGGCCAAGAGGAGGCAGCCUUGGCCCUGGGCACAGUGCAAGAGGCCGACGCGGCGCUGCUGCCACUGCAGAGCGGCUCGCUGGGCUCACUGACCAUCUACAUCAUCCCAGAGGGCUCGUCUCUCCUGCCACAGGGGGUCAGCGUGUACAUCGGGAAGCACCGCAGCGCCGUGGUGAGGGGUCCACCAGCCGCGGGGGAUGUCCUGACUGCGGUGAAUGCCCGGGUGCGGCAUAUCGCACAGACUAUGUCCUUCACUCCCGACUCCAUCGCUGCUGCCCUGUCAGACCGUGUGCCCCUGGGCAACCUCGGCUUAGACACCCGGCGCCCCUUCAAGUCCAGCCUGGGUAGGGGCUGUGCCUGCCUGCCUGGCUGGGUGGGAAACCCCGACCCCAAGUCCCACGACGUGCGCUGGGACAUCGAGGCCGCCGUCCGUGGCUAUGUCCAGCCCUUCCUGGACAAGCUGAGCUUUGUAGCCAACUUCACUGUGGACUCGCAGAUCCUGUACUACGCGAUGCUGGGGGUCACGCCCCGCUUUGACAGGAACUCCUCCAGCUUCCUUCUGAGUGCGCACAGCCUCCCCCACGUCAUCAACCCUGUGGAGGCCAGGCUGGGCUCCAGUGCUGCCUCGCUCUUCCCGGUGCUGAAUUUCCUGCUGUACGUGCCAGAGCGAGCCCAUUCCCCGCUCUACAUCCAGGACCGGGAUGGGGCCUUGGUGAGGACCAACGCCUUCCACAGCCCCCGCUGGGGCGGGAUCAUGGUGUACAAUGUCAAGCACCCGGCUGCAGAUGAGGCCCCGCUCCCACUGCGGGUGGAUGUGGACAUGGUGCGAGUGAUGGAGGUCUUCCUGGCCCAGCUGCGGCUGCUCUUCGGGAUUUCCCGGGCACCGCUCCCAGGGGAGUUCCUGCUGGAAAACCCCGGGAAUGCAGGGCUGGCAGCCUGGGAGCUGGACCGCCUGCUGUGGGCCCGGACGGUGGAGAACGUGGCCACUGUGUCCACCACCCUGACCUCCCUGGCUGAGCUGCUGGACAAGAUCGGGAACAUUGUCAUUAAGGAUGACGUUGCCUCUGAGGUGUACCGUGCCGUGGCCUCUGUCCAGCAGGCGAUGGAGGAGCUGGCCGCGGGGCGCCUGGGCGCUGCCUUCCAGGCCAGCAAGGAGGCGGUCACCUCCUCGGAGCGGGCCUUCUUCGACUCCUCGCUGCUGCAUCUGCUGUACUUCCCCGACGACCAGAAGUUCGCCAUCUACAUC